AUGUCGAACUGCUCAAAUAUCAAUACAACAACGGUUGCACUAAGCGCACCAUUAUUCUUUCAAGUUAGUGUACUGUACAUUGCACAAGGUAUGAAUGAAACACUGACAUUUGGUAUUCGAAAUGAUCCGAGUUAUACAUAUUUGGAUAAUAUCUCCGUAUUGAGUGGUGGACAGGAACUCCUUACGAAUGGAAAUUUUGAAUACGGAACUCAACUUGGAUGGUCUGGUGCAUCACAUCUAGCUAGCGGCUCUGGGAUUUGUUACUCAUAUUGUUAUGUAGAUGGAAUAGUCGGCAGGUUAGACUAUGUUAGUCAAACAUUUCAGACAACACCAGGAUCGUUGCUUUAUAUCAGUUUCUAUAUCAGAUGGGGAGGAAAUGGUUCGGGAGUUAUUGCUAAUGUAACAAUAUAUCCCUGA